GCAUGCGCAGCGCGCCUGGGUUCCUUCCUGCGGCGCUACCCGGAAGCCCCGGUCCCGUCCGUCUUCCCCUCCCCCCCUCGCCGGCUCGGGCGGUGCGUGCGGGGCCGCCGGCGAGGAGGCGGGACACGUCGGCGCUGACACCACGGCCGCCGCUCCUCCAGUUCCAGCUGCCGUCGCCGCCGUUGCGCCGCCCCGCCGCCGCUGCUUCCUGGGGCUGAGUCCGCCCGCCGUACCCGCCGCGCCAGGUGCUUCCCCAGCGGGUCUCCCGCCCGCGUCCGCCGCAGCCGCUGUCCCCCAGCUGCCCCCGGGCUCGUCGACCCGCUGCCGCGAUGGCGACGCGCUCUUGCCGGGAGAAAGCUCAGAAGCUGAACGAGCAGCACCAGCUCAUCCUGUCCAAGCUGUUGCGGGAGGAGGACAACAAGUACUGCGCCGACUGCGAGGCCAAAGGUCCCCGAUGGGCUUCCUGGAAUAUUGGUGUUUUCAUUUGUAUCAGAUGUGCUGGAAUCCACAGAAAUCUUGGGGUUCAUAUAUCCAGGGUCAAAUCAGUCAAUCUAGACCAGUGGACACCUGAACAGAUACAGUGUAUGCAAGAUAUGGGAAAUACUAAAGCAAGACUACUUUAUGAAGCCAAUCUUCCAGAGAAUUUUCGAAGACCACAGACAGAUCAAGCAGUGGAAUUUUUCAUCAGAGAUAAGUAUGAGAAGAAGAAAUACUACGAUAAAAAUGCAGUAGCUAUUGCAAAUAUAUCCUCCUCUGAUCCUCCUCUUCAGCCUUUGGUAUCCUCUCCUUCUCUACAAGCUGCUGCUGAGAAAAAUAAAUUGGAGAAAGAAAAGGAAAAAAAGAAAGAAGAAAAAAAGAGAGAAAAGGAGCCAGAAAAGCCUACAAAGCCUCUUACAACAGAAAAGUUUCAGAAAAAAGAAGAUCAGCAAUUGGAGCCUAAAAAAAGUACCAGCCCUAAAAAAACUGCAGAGCCCACGGUUGAUCUUUUAGGACUUGAUGGCCCUGCUGAGGCACCAGUAACCAAUGGGAGCAUAACCACAGUACCAGCCCUGAAUGAUGAUUUGGACAUCUUUGGACCAAUGAUUUCUAAUCCCUUACCCUCAACUGUCAUGCCUCCAGCUCAGGGGACAUCCUCUGUACCAGCAGCUACCACUCUGUCUACAGUAACAUCUGAGGAUCUGGAUCUAUUCAGUGAGCAAACAACAAAGUCAGAAGAAGUGGCAAAGAAACAACUCUCCAAAGACUCCAUCUUAUCUCUCUAUGGUACAGGAACCAUUCAGCAGCAGAGUACUCCUGGUGUAUUUAUGGGACCUACAAAUAUACCAUUUACCUCACAAGCACCACCAGCAUUCCAGGGUUUUCCAUCAAUAGGUGUACCUGUGCCGGCAGCUCCUGGCCUUAUGGGAAAUAUGAUGGGACAGAGUGCAAGCAUGAUGGUGGGCAUGCCCAUGCCGAAUGGUUUUAUGGGAAAUGCACAGACUGGUGUGAUGCCACUUCCUCAGAAUGUUGUUGGCCCCCAAGGAGGAAUGGUGGGACAGUUGAGUGCACCACAGAGUAAGUUUGGUCUGCCACAAGGUCAACAGCCCCAGUGGAACCUCCCACAGAUGAACCAGCAAAUGGCUGGCAUGAAUAUCAGUAGCACAAACCCUACUGUGGGCUUUGGCCAGCCCCCCAACACAACAGCAGGAUGGUCUGGAAGCUCAUCGGGUCAAACUCUCAGCACACAACUGUGGAAAUGAAAACUCCAAGUUUCAGCCAGAAUUACCACCGUACAUUCCUUGCUAAAAUGCAUCUAGUUUCCCUGUUUAUUCAUGUACAUAUGUAUUUUUUCUUUUUCACAUUAAGAAUUAUCUGAUUGACCUUGUUGGUCUGUACUGAUUAAAUUUGAUGUGGUGGAAAGCAGGUUGAGAAAACAAUGUAUGUCAAGGGCAGCACUGCUCAUAUUUCAUAAUUUACAUUACUUGAGAAGCUGCUCAGUCAAAUUGCAUAAUCAGUUUUACUCAAUAAAAUUAUAGCUGUUUGCAUAUAUAAGGGAAGUAGUUAUCAUGUUAGUAAAAUACCUCUAACAGUAUAAGCCCCAAAUUAGCCAGUAAUCCUGUAGGAAGGUACUGUAUGACCCACUGUUUAAUCAUAUAAAUAGAAUGUAAAUGUAUCACCAAGCACUGUUUCCUAGUGUAUCACAAUUCUCUUAUUUCAUCAUUUACUUCACUGUGCUGUUGUUAUGAUGUGCUUAACAGGGAAUGUGGUUAGUGAAAGGAAGAUAAACCUGGAUGUCACCAAAAGACUAAGUAACAAAUGUUCAAAUUUUUAUCUGCCUUUCCUGUAAUUUGGAACCUUUAUUAUGUACAUAGUGCUAACAUGAAGACUUUUCUCUGCACUACUAUGCAAACAGGGUAACUAAACAAAUCACUUUUAAUUCUUGAAGGUAUAUCCAGGUUUAUGGCAGUAAUUGUGUUUACAUUUUAUGGUGCCUAGUAUUGACAAAAUGUUAUCCCCCUAUUAAACAGAUGAAUCCAUA